AUGAACACUCUUCAACGUGCCGCCUCGCUGGUCAAACCCAUAAUGCGAGCUCACAAUUUCAAGGUAGGAUUGCUAGCAGAGUUUCUACCAAAAGAAAGAGGCCUUCUUGGUCUCAACACCGGAGGGGGGAGGAUGAUCCAUAUCCGCCUUCGCCAUGCGACGGACCCAACACAGUUCUUCACGUUCCAGAUGAUCAUAGAUUCUGUUCUCCACGAGCUCUCUCACAACCGAUUUGGGCCUCAUGAUGCAAAUUUCCACGCACUAUGGGACCAGCUCCGCGAUGAGUACUAUGCUCUCAUGCAAAGUGGCUUCACUGGUGAUGCAUUCCUGAGCCAUGGUCAUCUCCUUAGCGGCAAACGCAUCCGCCAGGAUGAAGCGCGGCGUAUUGCGCGUACUGCUAUUACAGAUAGCCGAAAGAAACAAUCACUGACAGUGAACCGGAAGCUAAUCGAAGCGGGUCUCAUACAAGGUGUUGGUGCCCGGAGUACCCUUACAGGUGCAUUUGGAAGGAUGCAGAUUGCCCAGGGCUGCGGCUGUGAUAUGCCAAAGUCAGAGCAGAAGGCUCUUGUUGCUGCAGCGGGUGUCAAUGUGAUAAAGUCCAGAGUGGAAAACGAUGAUGCGAACGAAGUUGCCAUCCAAGAAGCACUAUGGGAGCUAGCUCAGGAGGAUAGAGCGUCGUCGAAGCAGAAAGGGGCAUCACAAGAUUCAGCAGCAACAAAACGUGGAAGGCAAUCUAUAAACCACCCCUCCUUGUCCCACACCUACGACUCCUCAUCUAAAUCCCCAAAACCCUACGACACCGACUCAGAGUAUUCAGAAGAUCCUUCACUCUCAAAACCACCCCCACAAUACGUCCAACUCGUCGACGAGGAGUUUUGGCAAUGCGAAACCUGCACGCUGAUAAACAAGGAAGAAGAUGUCUGUUGCGAUGCAUGUGGCACCGCCCGGCCGGGUACAGAACCGCCCCCGAAAGCGAGUUCGAGCAAAGCUCCCUCCAAGGCUGUGGUGAAAAAGACAGCUUAUAAAGCUCCACCUGCGAAGAGCUCAGCUCGAACUCGUCCCUCUUCCAGCCGUGCGGGGCCGUCAAGGCAGGUUGCCAGAUCAGGACCGUGGCAGUGUGCUUGCUCGCUCAUUAACAAGGAGGGGAGGAUACUCAAGAUGACAACCAGUGGUGAAUAG